AUGUCCGCCUCGGUGGGGCCCCAGGGCGGCCCUCGCCCACCCACCGUGCCGCCAGCCAUGCCGGAUCUGCCGGACCUGAGCCACCUCACCGAGGAGGAGAGGAAGAUCAUCAUGGCAGUGAUGGCUCGGCAAAAGGAGGAGGAGGAGAAAGAACAAGCCAUGCUAAAGUAAGAGCAGCCUCCACAGAGCAGACACUCGGACAUCCCCUCCGGCCGCCGCCCUCCGCCUCCUCUUCCCGUCAGAACGCUGCACCAGCAGUUCGAGAGCUACAAACAGGAAGUGCGUCGCAUCGGCGCCGAGACGCGACGCCAGCAGACGCAGCAGAAGGACGACGCGCCGACGUGCGGAAUCUGCCGCAAGACCAAGUUCGCCGACGGCUGCGGCCACCUCUGCUCCUACUGCCAGACCAAAUUCUGCGCUCGCUGUGGAGGACGAGUGUCUCUGCGCUCCAACAAUGAGGACAAAGUGGUAAUGUGGGUGUGCAACCUGUGCCGUAAGCAGCAGGAGAUCCUCACCAAAUCAGGAGAAUGGUUUUCGGGUUCAGGGGUGCGGCCCGGGAGCCUGGGCACCUCCUUGACCGACCCGGCCACGGGAGGUGAGGCCCAGUGGGACAGGAAGCUGAUCCGCUCCAGGUCCCAAGCUCCGCCCUCCAGUGUCAACGCCGGGCCACCGGACGGGUCGCAGCUGCCCGCCGGCGUCACCGCGGCCAAGGGGGCCGACACGAUGCCGGGCUCUCGGUCCCAAAGCGAACCACCGAGAGAAAAGAAAAGGCCGGUUUCCCUCCAUGAACAGAAUGGUAAAGGAGGGAUGGGACGUGGUAGCGGCCGGAGACCAGCUGGAAAGGUCCAGUCUCAGUCGUCCCUGGACGAGCGGGUCGGACCCGCAGAACGAGAGAGGCGACUCGGAGACGGACGGCGGCUGGAGAAGAUCCAUUCUCAGGACUACGAGGACGGAGACGAGAGCCUGAGUCGGUCGGAGUCGCACCGGAGACGCCCGGACGACGAGGAGCAGAGGGAGCGUCAGCGGCGGGAGGAGGAAUUCCAGAACCGGUACCGCAGCGACCCAAACCUGGCCAGGUACCCGGUGAAGCCGCAGAAGGAGGAGCAGGAGAUGCGGAUGCACGCCAAGGUGUCCAAGGUGAGGCACGAGCGACGGCACAGCGACCUCGCCAUCAACGAGGUGGGACUGGAGGGAGGCGGCGGGGGAGGCGGAGCUGGGGAGGUGCCCGAGAACCGCCUGGCCAGGAGGGGCGGCGGUGGGGAGGGUGACCGCAAGGUCCCCCUGGAGAACCACCGAGCCUACCCCGUGGAUAGGACCGUGGGAGGGGGGGCGCCGCCGGCCGGAGGUGGAGGGAGAUCAGGGCCCCAAACCGGGGGACCUCCGGACUGGGGCCCCAACAACGGCCGCCUGGAGCCCACACGGACGCCUCGGGACAAAGGUGGCGACAGCCUGCUGAGGAAGGACUCUCAGAGCUCGGACCAGUCGGAGUCUCUGCGGCCGCCCCCCCCACGGACACACAAGAGCAAGCGCGGAGUCAACAAGAGGCAGAUGUCCAUCAGCAGCUCAGAGGAGGAGGGCGGCUCCACGCCCGAGUACACCAGCUGUGAGGACGUGGACAUGGAAAGCGUCAGCGAGAAAGGUGACUGGGACUGUCAUCCUCUAGAUCCUGCAGUGUGGCAUCAUCCCGUUACGUGGCAGCCAUCCAAAGAAGGCGACCACCUGAUCGGACGCAUCACGCUGAGCAAGAGGUCGGCGAUGCCCCGCGAGGCCGGAUCCCUCCUGGGCCUGAAGGUGGUGGGAGGGAAGAUGACGGAGACGGGGAGACUCGGGGCCUUCAUCACCAAAGUGAAAAAAGGCAGCCUGGCAGAUGUUGUGGGACACCUACGCGCAGGUGACGAGGUGUUGCAGUGGAACGGGAAGUCGUUGCCGGGAGCAACCAAGAAAGAAGUGUACAACAUCAUUCUUGAAUCCAAGGCCGAGCCUCUGGUGGAGAUUGUCGUCUCCAGACCCAUCGGCUCGAUCCACCGAAUUAUGUCCAAAAACUUCUUGAGAAAAGUGUAUAGAGCGUAUCAAGACAUCCCAAGAAUCCCAGAGUCCCCUCAUCCUCCUCUAGAAUCCACAGGCUCCAGCUCCUUUGAGUCUCAGAAGAUGGACCGUCCCUCCAUAUCGGUGAUGUCCCCGACCAGCCCCGGGACCCUCAGAGACCUUCCUCUGGUCCUGCCCGGGCAGCUCUCUGUGAAGCUCUGGUACGACAAAGUGGGUCACCAGCUGAUCGUCAACGUCCUUCAAGCCAUAGACCUGCCGACCCGACCGGACGGCCGACCGAGGAACCCCUACGUCAAGAUGUACUUCCUGCCCGAUCGGAGCGACAAGAGCAAACGACGGACUAAAACGGUGAAGAAGAGCGCCGAGCCCAAGUGGAACCAGACCUUCCUUUACUCCCACGUCCACCGGCGGGACUUCAGAGAGCGAAUGCUGGAGAUCACGGUGUGGGAUCAGCCCCGAGUCCAGGAGGAGGAGAGCGAGUUCCUGGGAGAGAUCCUGAUCGAGCUGGAGACGGCCCUGCUGGACGACAUCCCUCACUGGUACAAGCUGCAGACCCACGACGUGUCCUCCAUCCCGCUGCCUCAGCCAUCGCCCUACCUGCCCCGACGACACGGCGGCCACGGAGACAGCCCCAGCAAGAAGCUGCAGAGGUCCCAUCGCAUCAUUGAUACAGAGUUUGAUGAUGGUUUGGUAGUAGUGACUAAAGGUGCAGAGCGUAACUCCAGGGAGCGCGAGCGCGGCAGCACGCUAGCGGUUCCGGAGCAGCAGCGGCCCGUCCAGCACCGGUCGCGCUCGGUGUCUCCUCACCGCGAGGACUCCUGCAGGGCUCGGUCCCGGCCCGCUCACGUGCCCAUGCAAAGGAGCUUGGAUGAGAUCCACCAGAACCGCCACCACUCCCCGUCCCACUACCACGAGCCUCACCUGGAGCGCCAGCGCUCCGGAGACUCGGACUACGAGUACUCCGAGGACAGUGAGGUCCUGGAGAUGCACAGGUCUAUCCGGGGCGGGAGUGCCGAGUGCCUGCACACAAACAGCGACCUGCAGCCGUCGUUGGACAGAGUGAGGAGUGCCAGCACCACAUGUCUGAGGCCAGACUCCAACUUUCACUCCCCUGACAGAGACAGAGCACACCCCCACGGCAGCUCGUCGCCUCCGACCGGGACGUCCUCAUCGGGUCGCCGGGGCAGACAGCUGCCACAGCUUCCUGCAAAGAGCAGCAGCAUAGAGCAAGACGGGAAGAGCAAGAAGGAGAAGGGCGCCCCCAUCCAGAGGAGCACCGAGACCGGCAUGGCGGUGGAGCUGACCAGGAACAUGAGCCGGCAGCCGAGCCGAGAGUCCAACAACGGCAGCAUGAACAGCUACAACUCCGAGGGAAACCUGAUCUUCUCUGGAGUGAAUCUGGGCGCCAGCAGUCAGUUCAGUGACUUCCUGGAUGGACUGGGACCAGCCCAGUUAGUGGGCCGACAGACUCUGGCUACUCCGGCCAUCGGCGACAUCCAGAUCGGUAUGAUGGAGAAGAAGGGUCAGCUGGAGGUGGAGGUUAUCAGAGCUCGAGGACUCGUACAAAAGCCAGGAUCCAAAUCCCUCCCUGCUCCAUAUGUCAAAGUCUACCUGCUGAAUAAUGGAGCGUACGUAGCCAAAAAGAAAACCAAGAUUGCACGGAAAACACUUGACCCACUGUACCAGCAAGCACUGCUAUUCGAGGAGAGUCCGCAGGGGAAAGUCCUCCAGGUGAUCGUUUGGGGCGACUACGGCCGCAUGGACCACAAGAGCUUCAUGGGAGUUGCACAAAUCCUAUUGGAGGAGCUGGACUUAUCAAGCACAGUCAUUGGUUGGUACAAGUUGUUCCCGCCGUCCUCGCUGGUGGACCCGACGCUCGCCUCCCUGACCCGGCGAGCUUCUCAGUCGUCCCUGGACAGCUCGUCGGGGCCGCCGGGCGUCCGGUCGUAG